CAUAAACAAAAAUUUGUCUUUCUGAAGUUUGUGUCUGAACAUGGCGGUUGGUAAAAAUAAAGGCCUAUCCAAAGGCGGUAAAAAGGGCGUUAAAAAGAAGAUCGUUGAUCCGUUCACCCGCAAAGACUGGUAUGAUGUUAAGGCACCGUCUAUGUUCACCAAAAGACAAGUGGGAACCACCCUUGUCAACCGUACUCAGGGAACAAAAAUUGCUUCUGAAGGUUUAAAGGGCCGUGUGUUUGAGGUCUCAUUGGCUGACUUACAAGCUGAUACUGAUGCUGAAAGGUCUUUCCGCAAGUUCCGUCUUAUCGCUGAGGAUGUGCAAGGUCGGAAUGUGCUCUGCAACUUCCACGGCAUGGACCUCACCACUGACAAGCUCAGAUGGAUGGUCAAGAAAUGGCAGACUCUUGUGGAGGCCAACAUUGAUGUGAAGACCACAGAUGGAUACCUCCUUCGUGUGUUCUGCAUCGGCUUCACCAACAAGGACACUCUUAGCCAGCGCAAGACCUGCUAUGCCCAGCACACACAAGUACGAGCCAUCAGAAAGAAGAUGUGUGAGAUCAUCACCCGUGAUGUGACCAACUCGGAGCUGCGUGAGGUUGUCAACAAGCUCAUUCCCGAUUCCAUUGCUAAGGACAUUGAGAAGGCAUGCCUUAGCAUCUAUCCUCUCCGUGAUGUCUGCAUCAGGAAGGUGAAAGUGCUGAAGAGGCCUCGUUUCGAGAUCUCCAAGCUGAUGGAACUGCACGGGGAGGGCGGUGGUGGCAAGCGUGGCGAGGCGGGCGACAAGUCUGACCGCCCCGAAGGCUACGAGCCCCCUGUACAAGAGAGCGUUUAAGUCUAAUAUACUUUUAAAAAACUGGA